AUGCUGUGUCUCUGUUGCUCCCAGAUUGUGCUUCUAUUUUUGUUGCUGAAAGGUGUGGAAAAAACUGAUGCUCAAAAAGUCUGUGGGCGCCCCAAAGUACAUUCCCCUCGAAUUGUGGGUGGGAAGAGAGCUGAAGAAGGGGAAUGGCCAUGGCAGGUCAGCAUACGAGAAAACAGACUUCACAUAUGUGGUGGAAGUCUCAUUUCCUCCCAGUGGGUGGUGACAGCUGCUCACUGCUUUGAUGGGCCACUAGUUGCAUCCAAGUAUCGAGUACACCUGGGGGAGUACGAACUCCCCAAACCAGCAUCCACCAUGGUCUCAUCUGCUAUAAGCCUGAUUGUAGUACAUCCAUAUUAUGCUGGAGUUGGGCUGAGUGCUGAUAUUGCGUUGGUGAAACUAGAGGAGCCUGUCCGUUUCUCCCGAACCAUCUUGCCUAUCUGCUUAUCCACUGUUGAAGAUCCUGAACCUUUCCCCGUAGGGAUGAUGUGUUGGGUCACUGGCUGGGGGGACGUCUAUCCAGAUGCCUCUUUCAUCACUCGGAUUCUGCAAAAGUUGGAAAUGCCAAUCCUAGAUGUUGAUAAGUGUGAUGAAAUGUACCAUAAUGAUUCCAGCAGCUCUGAUGUAGAUACUGAAGUUUUGCCAAAAAACUACAGGCUAAUUUAUGAUGACAUGAUCUGUGCUGGAUAUCCGGAAGGAAAGAAAGAUUCUUGCCAGGGUGACUCUGGGGGCCCCCUUGCCUGCAAGUUGAAUGGUACUUGGUUUCUAGCCGGCAUUGUGAGCUUUGGGGUGGGUUGUUCUGAACCCAACCGACCUGGAGUCUAUACCAGAGUAACUUCUUAUAUGGACUGGAUUCAACACACAAUAGAAAAGAACUCAGUUUCCGGUGGGGGUGUCCCUCAUCCCAGUGGGACUUCUGUUGUCUUCUUUUUAAUUUUUCUCCUGAGCACUUUUCAUCUGGAGAUUCCACCAUGUCACAUGAUCUUGGAAUACUGUGAUAUUGCAGUCAUAUGA